CUGUGUGUAUAAAUUAAUGUAGUCUAGUCCGGAAAGCAUAAGGAUUGGUAAAAGCUUUGGUUUAAUGCCUCCUGAGACUUGGAACAAAGAGAGGUUUUGUGGAGAUGCUCCAUCUUUGCCAAAUGUAGCCUUACUCCUGCUGAACUAAUAAUGGAUGGAUUUGGAUCCUAACAAGUGAGAUAAUGUAAUUUUUUAGAUAAAUGCCUCUGGGUGUUGAAGUGAUAGGGAAUGCUCACCUAGCUGUUUUUCGGUGUUUAUCUUAAAAGGCAGUCGGGUUCCGAAAUGUGAGAGGCCUGGUUCGCAGAAGCUCUUUGUCAGCCUGUCUGUUUGCAAUGGAUCAAGUUCUUAAAGAGGAGAAACUUAAAAAUGUCUGUCCUUGUAAUUGCAGGAGUGAUUACUGCUCUAUAGUAGACAUUGGAGGCAGAUCCAUCAGGCCAUGAUGGAAACGAGGAAAGGAAAUCAGCUGACGCAGGAGCCCGAGUGAGACGAAGAAAACCCACAAGCCCAGCCUACACCAUGAACUUGUGUCUCCUUUGCACACUGUAAGAGCCCAGGGCAGGUGAAGUUGCCAGAGAGCAAUGGCUCUCUUUACUCCGUGGAAGCUGUCCUCUCAGAAGCUGGGCUUUUUCCUCGUGACUUUUGGCUUUAUUUGGGGUAUGAUGCUCUUGCAUUUUACCAUCCAGCAGAGAACUCAGCCCGAGAGCAGCUCCAUGCUUCGGGAACAGAUCCUGGACCUCAGCAAGAGGUACAUCAAGGCGCUGGCAGAAGAAAACAGAAAUGUGGUGGAUGGGCCCUACGCGGGGGUCAUGACAGCUUACGAUUUGAAGAAGACUCUUGCUGUGUUGUUGGAUAACAUUUUGCAGCGCAUUGGCAAGUUAGAGUCAAAGGUGGACAACCUCGUAAUCAAUGGCACAGGGACAAACUUGACCAACUCCACCACAGCUGUUCCCAGCUUGGUAGCACUUGAGAAAAUUAAUGUGGCAGAUAUCAUUAAUGGAGCUCAAGAAAAAUGCAUACUGCCUCCUAUGGAUGGCUACCCCCACUGCGAGGGGAAAAUCAAGUGGAUGAAAGAUAUGUGGCGCUCGGAUCCCUGCUACGCAGAAUACGGAGUGGACGGGUCCACCUGCUCUUUUUUUAUUUACCUCAGUGAGGUUGAAAAUUGGUGUCCUCAUUUACCUUGGAGAGCAAAAAAUCCCUACGAAGAAGCUGAUCGUAAUUCAUUGGCAGAAAUUCGUAUGGAUUUUAAUAUUCUCUACAGUAUGAUGAAAAAGCAUGAAGAAUUCCGAUGGAUGAGACUACGGAUCCGGCGAAUGGCUGAUGUGUGGAUCCAGGCAAUCAAGUCCCUGGCAGAGAAGCAGAAUCUUGAAAAGAGAAAGCGGAAGAAAGUGAGUUUCUGAUUAAUUCACUUCAGU